AUGUUCGCGGAUGUGGAAGAAGAAUUGGUUGAGCUUUCCCUCAAUUCGGUGGUGGGUCUUACGGCACCUAAAACCAUGAAACUCCAAGGGCAAGUCGGGGGAUGUGAGGUAAUUAUUCUGAUCGAUAGUGGGGCGACCCACAAUUUUAUUGCAUGUGACCUAGUUAAGGGGUUGGGGUUGGCGGUGGACCGGACCGGGGGAUAUGGCGUGGUUAUAGGAACAGGGUUAUCGGUUAAGGGAGAAGGAAUAUGUCGGUGGGUGGCUGUGUCGAUGCAGGGAAUUGAGGUUAUAGAAGAUUUUUUACCCUUGGAACUAGGGAGCUCUGAUUUGAUUUUGGGAGUCCAAUGGUUAGAGACCCUGGGCGUAAUGAUGGUGAAUUGGAAGACUCUGCUUAUGAAAUUUAGUUUAGGUGGAUGUUCGGUGUCGUUGAAGGGGGACCCUGGAUUGAAUAAGGUUUCGGUCACCCUUAAAGCACCCAUGAGGGCUCUCAAACAUGAUGGUCAGGGAAUUUGGGUGGAACUGAAUAAUGUGGGAAUGAGCACGCAGGAGGAGGUGCGCGGAGUGCCGGAAGGGCUACAGAGGGUGUUGUAG